UGACCCGUCACUCAGAAAAAUGAGCACUUACCAGUUACCAGUUGCCAGUUGCCAGCCAGAAAAAGCAUGAUCCGAAGCAAGGCGCGUAGGAAAGAAACGAAGGAAGGUGGUGAGAUAUAUCUAGUCUUCAACUCCAACGUGUGGUCGGCGGUCACAUUUCCAGUCCUCCGUUAAUUCUUAAACCUUUCUUCUCAUAUAAAUAACCUUAAACUUCCGUUACUUCUCAUUUUGAAACCCUCUCCAAAUUCCAACAUCUUAUUAUUUUUUUUUAUUUUUGUUGCCAAACUCUUUAAAUUCCCAGUCAAAUUACUUCAACAUCAUAUUUUGACUCUUGUAGUUUGCUUCACACUUCACAAUCCUUCUUGUAUUCCUCCAAUUUCAGGUCGGUAUUAGAGCUUAAGGAAGCUUUUGAUCCAGGGAAGUUCCCCUUUUUUCUCUUUUACCUAAUUAAGGGAAGCCUAGAUUAGCUGGUAAUAAAUACAAGAGCUAUAGCUAAUGCUAUAGCAUGGAUUCCCACAAGCUUUUUGGGUACAAUGUUACUGGUACCGACUCAUCUUAUAUAUCUUCUCAGCAUACUUCUUCAGCAGUUUCAAACAGGCCAUUUGGAGCUUGGAAGUUGAGUUUCAGAAACUCUCCAAUCUCACCAUUCCCGAGUCAUUUCGAUUGUGAUACUGCCACUACAUUGAGUGAUAGCCAAGAGCACAACACCUCAAGUGAGAGUCUCUCAGGGAAAAACCCUUGUUGUAGUUCGCCCCUUGAGUCUACGAGUUACUAUCAGAGGUUGAACUCAAGUCCUUCAGAAGAUUCUCAUCAAAGUACUGUUCUAAGCGGGAGUCUGAUCUCUCAAAAAACAGAAUAUGAAGUGAAUAUGAAGCAUGCUUUGCAGGAGCUAGAGACUGUUCUUAUGGGUGAUGAAACAAUAGGAGGAGGAAGCCUGCAACCCCAAAUCCCAAGUCAGAGAUUGGGGUCUCGGAACCGGGAGACACAGGGUUCACACGGGGGUCAACAUCAGACAUCAUCUUCUUCAGACUCAGGUCAGAGUGAGAAACGGCAUAAGGUAGUGGAAGAAGAAAUCCAGCAACUUAAAAUUCCAUCUGGGAAUCUAAAAGAGUUGUUAAUUGAAUGUGCAAGGGCAUUAUCAGAAAACAGAAUGGAGGAUUUUGAGAAAUUAGUUGAACAAGCAAGGGGAGAGGUCUCAAUCUCUGGACAACCAAUACAGCGUCUUGGUGCUUAUAUGAUUGAAGGUCUAAUAGCAAGGAAAGGAUCUUCUGGAAAUAACAUUUACCGUGCUCUUAGAUGUAAAGAGCCUCUUGGAAAGGAUUUGCUUUCUUACAUGCACAUCCUCUAUGAAAUAUGCCCUUAUCUCAAGUUUGGCUACAUGGCUGCAAAUGGAGCUAUAGCGGAAGCAUGCAGAAAUGAGGAUCGCAUACACAUCAUAGAUUUCCAGAUUGCUCAAGGUACUCAAUGGUUGACACUUUUGCAAGCUCUGGCUGCAAGACCUGGUGGGGCCCCUUAUGUGCGAAUUACCGGAAUCGAUGAUCCCGUUUCUCAGUAUGCUCGAGGUUCAAGUUUGGAGGCGGUUGGAAAACGGUUAGCAUCUCUCUCUGAGAAAUACAAAAUACCCGUUGAGUUUCAUGCGGUACCCGUAUUUCUUCCUGAAGUGACAAGGGAAAUGCUUGAUGUAAGGCCUGGUGAAGCAUUAGCAGUGAAUUUCCCACUACAACUCCACCACACUCCUGAUGAAAGUGUUGAUGUGAACAACCCAAGGGACGGUCUCCUUAGAAUGGUGAAAUCACUUGGUCCAAAGGUAACCACUUUGGUUGAGCAAGAGUCAAAUACCAAUACUACACCUUUCUUGACUAGGUUCACAGAAGCACUCAGUUACUAUUCCGCCAUGUUUGAGUCUAUCGAUGUGACAAUGCCUCGAGAUAGGAAGGAGCGGAUCAGUGUGGAGCAACACUGCUUGGCUAAAGACAUUGUCAAUGUCAUUGCUUGUGAAGGAAAAGAGAGGGUGGAACGUCAUGAGCUUUUUGGGAAAUGGAAAUCGAGAUUUACAAUGGCAGGGUUCGAGCAAUACCCUUUAAGCACGUAUGUGAACUCAGUGAUAAGAGGAUUACUUGGGUGUUACUCAGAACACUAUACGUUGGUGGAGAAGGAUGGUGCUAUGCUUUUAGGUUGGAAAGACAGGAUGUUGAUCUCUGCUUCAGCUUGGCAUUGAUCUUACAGAUACAAAGAAAUACAGAAUCAGAGACAGGAAAUAGAAGUAACUCUUCUUUUUUGUUUCUCUUUGAAAUUCUUUUUGCUGACGAAGAGUUUCUGUAUGAAAGACUAUGGAACUUCUGACCAUCGUUGAUUCAUGAAGAGAUGUUCGUCAUGGUUGUAUUUACUGUGUAUUGCAGGGUUUAAUGUUUAGAACUAACAUAUAAGAGAAAUAAUAGUUUGUUGUAUAUCUACUAUCUAGGCCUACAGUUUAAACCCCUGCUUUGUUUUCUCGGUUACUUCUUCUCAUGCAUAGUUUUUUUUUUUGUUAGUACUUCUGAGAUAGGAAGUAUAUGAAAUAAAGCUCCAUUUACAUGUAA